AUGAGCUACUCGUCGCCUGAGUCAAUUAGCUCUGGGGAUGAACCGACGAAUACCAAUUAUGACGUGUGGAAAGGCACGCUGCGGCAGUGCUUGAAAGGCAUCAAAUCCGUCGGUGAUUUCGCCUCCUUCACACGAUACACCUCGUUCACCAACCCGGCGUUGAAAAUUGAGGGGCAUCCCGCCUUUCCACUUCCGUUGACCCCCGGCCAUGCGGAACUGAUCAAGGCAGCAUGCAAACAGGCUCCUUUUGGCAAAGGAGAUGAUACUCUCGUCGACACCUCGGUGCGGAACACUUGGGAGCUCGAACAUAGCCAGUUUGAGCUGCUGAACCCCGAAUGGUCCGCUUUCCUUGUGAAAGUUGGCACUGGGUCCGCUGGUGGCCUUGGAUUGAUGAAUAUCAGUUUGAAGCCUCACAAGCUGCUGCUCUACGAGAAGGGGUCUUUUUUCAAGCGCCAUAAAGAUACUGAGAAAGAACCUGGAAUGGUGGGCACGCUGGUCGUCUGUCUACCAUCAGAACACUUGGGCGGAGAUGUUCAUCUCAGUUUCGGCUCUGACGAGCGCAGUUUCUCGACGGCACCGACCUCAAGGUUCGACUUGACCGCGUUAGCAUGGUACUCUGACGUCUCACAUGAGGUUAAGGAGCUGGAGGCAGGCUACCGCCUGGCUCUAACAUACAACAUCGUGCAGAACGGGUCUAAAAAGCAGUCUGCUGGGUUCUUUGGACAGCAGGCCCAGCAGAUCAAAAAGAUUUUGCUUGAGUGGCAAAGGCUGUUCCCUGAAAAGAACACGCUCAUUCACCGCCUUGAGCACAAGUAUUCCGAGGCGAGCUUGUCAAUGCGCAACACAAAAGGUCGCGAUGGAGCUGUUUGCCGGGCUUUACAUCAAGUGGCAUCUGAAUGCGGCGUUUACCUCCUGUUCGCGCAACUGACGCGCAGCGAGAAAGGUGCCGAGCCAGAUUACUAUGGCUACGGCGGAGACGACGAAGAAGACACAUACAACGACAUGAAGACCCUUUACUCCUAUGAUGGCAAGCCGGUUGGCUUUGGGGGCAUGCCGGACGACGAAGAAGUUCUGGACCUGAGCAAACUCUCGGAAGGCAAUCCCGACAGCGAGGACGAAGGAGAGUUUACUGGAAACGAGGGAGCUGAAAGCACUUACCGAUAUCAUAACACGGUUGCAGUUCUCGUCAAGAAGAAAAGCGUCCAUCGGUACAUGAGCCAAGUCCCCCAUUAUGGCUCGUCCAAAAACUCGUACACAGAGAACAUGGUCCAGAUGGUCGCCGAUGACAUGGCCAAGUUUAUGCAGGAUCAGACUGUCAACGAGCAUGCAAGACCCCCGGUGCUCGAAGUCAUACGGAAGGCUCUGGGGUCUGGAGGGAGCUCGAAAGCAAUUACCCCUAUUGCCGUAUACUGGGCACUGACUUUGGAAGAUAGAAAACUCUAUCGAAGUGCAAUGGCGGCGGCGGCGAAAAGUGGCAUCCAAGAUAUUCAUAACAGCGCAAUUAAAACAGCGUGUGACUUCAUCGAGGAGCGUUUUGGCAACAACCCGGAGUCUAUUGAGUGGGAUAAGUGGGUGGGAAAUGUAGCAGAAGCAGACACUGUUGCAAGUGUACAGCGCAUCAUACAAGAUUUCACACCGGUCUUUACGAAUAAUGUUGUUAGAGACUCGUUCGUCAAGUGGGGAGAGUCCAAGCUGAGUGACAAGUUCAAGACUCAAGCCAGUUUCGACAUUGGCGAACAUCUCUUCUUUGUCAAAACUACAGGAGAAAAGCAUGACCAAAAGGAGUGGCUUAUGUCGAGUUUGAUACCGGCACUAGCCUCUCGUGGCACCCGUGCACUUAUUUAUGGAGUUCUUCGCUUCGUAUUUGUCAAGAGGGACCAGGUCGAGUUUGCUAUCGCGAAGGAAUUGUUUGAAUACGUUCUUCACCAUGCCUUUCCGAGACUGCUACUUCAGGGAGCAGACAUGCUCCCGAAGCCAGCCGGCAGUGGCCCAUCGAAUCGUGGGCCACCGACUCGUGAUCCACCGACUCGUGAUCCACCGCCUUGCUCCGGGCCUCUUAAAGAUUUUGUUGACCUUGUGGACCAAUGCCUAACCUUGGGGCUCGUUGAGAAAAGGAAAGAAUUGCUGGAAGCAUGCUGCAACCAACUGGUGUGGACCAAGGCGGAGUGGCAUCCCAAGAAAGUUGGCGGAGACGUUGUUCCGCAGCUCCUCCAACCCAUCAUCAAGACCUUGAAAGAGCACAGCAUCCCGGCUACACAAGGAGUCAAGGACUUGUUUGAAGUCAUUUUGCGCGAGGGGCUCUAUGCAAACGUCCCGCAGAACCCACCGAAGCGUCGGGGCUGGACUCAUAAACCACGUGCGUGCCCCAACAACUACGGCGGUUUAGGUCACAAAUGCCGUGAUUGCGAGGCCAUGAAUGCAUUCCUCGUUGCGCCCGAUCAAAAAGUCUGGAGAUACCAAGCGGGAAAACAGACCCGUGACCACCUUGAAAGCCAGCUUCGAGCCGACAGCAGCGGUAGCGGUUAUGGUAGUGGCUAUGCCUUUGGCAGCAGGGCGCAGUAUUUCAACAUCAAAACGGAAAAAACGCAACGGACCCAUACCAUGGUUGUGGAGAAGACCGGACGAGAGUUUGCAGAAGCGGUAGAGUCGUGGCAACAUAUUGUUUGGGCACUUGACUCUCGACUCAUGCCAUUGCGGGAUGAGAUGGUGGCCGAGAUGCUGGGCGACGAAGUCUAUCGAGAGCUCGUUCUACUCGAGAACCUGCUCGCGCAGAUACCAGCUGGAACGAAGCGUCCUGCAGACGAGACUGCUACUGGUGACCGUCAUGGUGUAAAGAGGGUUCGAUUGUGA